GUUCGCACCCCCGGUACGCGCUCGCUGCGCUCCUCGGUUUGGCGGGCGUACACCCACCGGGGCGGUGAGAACGGGCCGCAGCCUCCCAUGCAGCUGGCGUUGCGUCACAGGAGAAAAACCCUCCUGGCCAAGAUGCUUCAGAGGUGGACGAGCAGACAUAAAGAGCUGCAGGCGGAGCGCCAAGAGAAGCUGGAGGAGGCGAGAAGACAAAAGAAAGAGGUGAAAAGGAGACUGUUGGAAGAGCUGGGCAGCGUCCCGCCCAGAAAGAGCGCUCGGCUUCUCACUCAAGCGCCACGUUCAACCAUCACCCUCAUUCCCUGUAAGUUCCGAGACCCUCCGGUACGCCUACCUCCUCCUCCUGCUCCGCCCAAGAGGCCUUCCCUCCUUGCCUUGUCACGAAAGCCCCCCACGAACGGCAGAGCUGCAAAACUGAGGCGCUACUACUCAGCCCAUUCGGCGACCCGCCGACGCCUCGCUCCGGGGGUCACCGGUCUGCGUAACCUGGGGAACACAUGCUACAUGAACUCCAUCUUGCAAGUGCUGAGUCACCUGCAGAAAUUCAGGGAGUGUUUUCUCACCUUGGACCUGUGCGAGACCGAGGAGCUGCUGGCCAAGACCAACCACGCGCAGGAGGGUAAGGCGGUAGCCGGAAGCGUGGUCAGCAGCGCGAACAUGCCUCUGACCUCAUGUCCCCUGGGACGCGUGGGAAAUCUGACGGUGGGCAAAAAGGAAAGCCCCCCGCCCACCCCGCAGACUGCCGAGUUGGUCCAGCCCAAGGAGACUCGUUGCUCCACCCGCCAGCAGAUGUCUCUGUGCCAUGAAUUGCAUACUCUUUUCAGGGUCAUGUGGUCGGGGCGCUGGUCUUUGGUGUCUCCCUUCGCCAUGCUGCAUUCAGUGUGGAACCUCAUCCCGGCUUUCCGCGGCUACGACCAGCAGGACGCGCAGGAGUUCCUGUGUGAGCUGCUGGACAAGGUGCAGCAGGAGCUGGACACGGAGGCUUCCAAACGGCGGAUCGUCAUCCCCAUCACCAAGAGGAAGCUUUCCAAGCAAGUGCUCAAGGUGCUGAACACCAUCUUUCAUGGGCAGCUACUCAGCCAGGUGACGUGUCUGUCCUGCAAGCACAAGUCAAACACAGUUGAGCCAUUCUGGGACUUGUCUCUGGAGUUUCCCGAGCGCUACCACAGCGUCAACAAAGGCUCCGGCUCCACAGCCUACCAGCGCAGCUGCACCCUCACCGAAAUGCUGUCCAAGUUCACCGAGAUGGAAGCGCUGGAAGGCAGCAUUUAUGCCUGCAACCACUGCAACAAGAGAAGAAGGAAAACAUCCCACAAGCCUUUAGUUCUUUCAGAAGCCCAUAAGCAGCUUCUGAUCUACCGUUUACCUCAGGUUCUACGGCUGCACCUCAAGCGCUUCAGAUGGUCGGGGAGGAACCAUCGGGAGAAAAUCGGCGUCCACGUGGCCUUCGACCAGGUUCUGAACAUCAAACCCUAUUGCUGCACGGGCUCAGGUCACUCUGUUCACAGAGGGGGCUACACCUACGACCUGUCGGCCGUGGUGAUGCACCACGGCAAAGGCUUUGGCUCAGGGCACUACACCGCAUACUGCUACAACACAGAAGGAGGUUUCUGGGUCCACUGCAAUGACUCUGAGAUGAAGGUUUGCAGCGUGGAGGAAGUGUGCAACACUCAGGCCUACAUUCUCUUCUACACCCAGAGGUCCGCUUAGGGACUUCUCGCUGUGAGCCUGAGCUGCAUUUAUGAAAUUGUUUCGCACCCAGAUGUCACCAAACACACUCUUGAAAAUAGCAAUAGGGACUAAUGUUUCGAUGAUGUUCCCGGCAGGCCGCGGCGAUCACAUUUCAGACCACCGUAGAUGUGCGACAAAGCAAACGUGACAGACCAAAAAGAAUUUGCCACAACAGUCGCCGUGUUGGUUAGCCUCUGCGGUAGCACGUAAUUGCUUCAAAGCCAGCAAAACUUUGAUAUGGAGAAGAAAAGAAAAAAAAAGAAGAAAUUCCAUGGCCCCAAAUCCCAAAUGAGUUUGCCAUGGCCACCGAGAACAAAAUGCAAACAGAGCAUGAACUGACAAAUGUCCUAAGUGGAUUUGCACAGACCUCCGCCAAGAUUGACAGAAAUUCAAGCGCCCUCUACUUGUGCGUUUUUGGUUUGUGGUCAUCCAUGUUGGAUUGUACCACAUUUGAUUCUGCAACAGGGAGAACCAUGACACAGCGAGAAGAGGAAAUACAUUUCUCUUUCUCCGUCUUGAUUCAGAUUACCAACAAAAUGUAUGAAGGACUAUUAGGGCCACAUGCUAAAGAAAAAUAAUUAAGUCGUAUGGCCACAAGAACAAAGUUGUAAUAGUUUAAAUCGUUGUAACCGUCGGCUUGUUUGGUCAGCGACCACCACAGUGAGUCACUCGCAUGACUUGUAAUCCUCUAAAUCAUAAUUUUACAAGAGCAAAAAAAAAAGACAGUUUGUCUCUCUAUAUGUGCCUUGCAAUUGUGUUGGCGACGAAACCGGGAUGUACAUCACCCCUGCUGAAGUCAGGUGGGAUGGUCUCCUCCUCAACCUGUGAACCGAAUGAGGACAAGCGCUAUUAAAAAUGGCAUGAAUAUAUGGCAGCUCUCAAGACGUAGACAGCGGCCGCUUGUCUCCAAAUGUUGCGUUUACGUCCACAUGGAAUUUUAACACUCACUUGUUAAAAUGGCAACUUCAUUCUCACGUUUCCUCCCCUUUUCUAAAAACCAUGACCUAUUUUUAAUUGUCUUACUCCGUACUACUACUCAAAUUUGGCCGUUUGAUCACAUUUCUACUUCAUUCUUUUUGGAUGACCACGAUUACAUGAGCUUUAUCGUUAACUGUAUGUCUUUUCCCCUUGUAAUUUUACUUUUUUUUUCUCACUAUGGCUCUGAUAGUCCUUCAUAAUAACAUUUAAUGUAAUCUUGUUCCACACUUGUGCCACCUCUCCACAAAAUCAUGCAAAUCAAUCAUUUCAAUUUUGCAUAAAUGGCGGAGGUAAUUUAGCCACUGUGUUUCGAGCCUCAUUUUCGGAUGUGUACAAAGAAACUUUUUCAUAAAUGAAGCGACAGGUCAGUCCGCCUGUGGGACCAGCAGACUGUGCGAGCGGGUUCGAUUAGGUCCUGCUAAAUAUCCAGUGGUGUGCUUGCAUUUAAAAAUUAAGGAGAAAAAAACCUCAUUUAUAUUGAGUAUGAGGACCGAGCAGGCACACAUACCUGAAACUGCAUUUUAUGUUGAACACAAUACAACACACAAUCUGUAUUCCAUGACUUUUUUUUUGUUUGUUUUGAUUUGUUUUAUCACCUAGAGCGGUUAUAUUUUGUAGCUUUACAUAUGUCAAGAGGGGGAUUAACUCUCCCCAAAAUGGGCCAUCUUACUUGAAACAAGAUUCCGAGAAUUUCAGACUUGUGUUCCUUGUGGUUCUGAUUUUUAUUUCAAAUAUUUUUUACUUUUAUUGUGAAAUGUCACUUUUCGAUUCCUCCCCGUGGACAUCAUGAUGUCGUCUCCUGGUUUGUAUGUUCUCCUCAGCGAGGUUGCUUGAGUUCAUUCUGUGUUCAACUGCCAUGAAAGGAAGCCAAAAGGACACUUGACUGAGAAAUGACGGAGGGUUUUUGAAAAGCGGGUGGGGGUUUGCUCAUCUAGCUGGUCCUAGCUUUGUGAUUGUUCAUUUUUUUUAAAUUUUGCUGCUCCUAUAUGGUUUCUACAUGGGAGCUCCCACCCACCCACCACCACUCUCCCUCAUUGAGUCCAUGUGUAGACGAGACCGGCGAUGGAGACAAGCCACUGCAGAAGUGAUGAAUGUUUCUUUUUUUUUUUUUUUCCUCCUCCUUUUCAAGAGACAUUUGGUACCUUACGUUUUAGCACCUGAAAGCAAUAUAUUGUAAAUCUUAAACCUUGACAGGAAUUUAAGAUCAAAUCAGGAAUUGUUUUUUUUUCUACUCUGCUGUUUCUAUUAAAGUCUUUAGAAUUUGCUAGCUAAUCGAGAAGAAACACUUGUGUUUGAUACGAGUGAAAUCCACACUACAUUUGUCAACUUCAAGUCAGAAACAAUCUUAAUGACGAUGAAUGUCCUACUGCUUAGAGGUCAGGUGAGUUCUGUUGUUAACUUUAAGAAUACAUGUCAUCAAUGUAAUGGUCAUAUGGGUUUUGCCUGACAGUUAUUAAAAACAUGAAGCAAUUUCUU